GUUUCCGUAGAGAGGAUGCGUAGCUAGUUGCUAGGUGACACCCAGUCCUGGAUCAGGCCUAGUUUGUUAUUGUAGGGCCUGCCGGUAAAUGACACCAUAGCUGUACGAUACACCCUGUUUUGUGUCAAAACAGUGGGGUUGGCGGGCGGCAGAAGAUUAACACCCUGGACGGACACACGGGGAGCAGCCAGUAGUUAUGCUGCGAUGGCUUCUCGGCAGCCGGGAGCCGCAGGGCGGUGUGGAGAAAUCUCCUGUGUUAAAUAUUGGUGAAGAGCAGGCGCAAAACCCUUACACAGAGCUUACGCCUCUCCAAGCCCAUAACGACAUUGUCCGCUUUUUGGUGCAAAUAGAUGACCUCAGAUUUGCAUCAGCUGGUGACGACGGAUCGGUUUACGUGUGGGAUGUCCAGACAGGAGAAAUCCUUUUGGAGUUACAUGGACACACACAGAAGAUCACCGCUCUUGCUGUGUUUCAAGCACCGGAACUUCCUGAAGGAAUGAGUAAUCUGAUCCUGACAGCUUCAUCUGAUAAGACGGUUAUUGCCUGGGAUUGUGAAAGCGGUCAUCAGGUACAAAAGGCUUCAGACUUCCAUUCUACAGUAAAGAGUCUUCUGGUUCUCCAUAGCCUCGAUAUAUGGCUCUCUGCUGGGAGCGAACUACGUGUAUGGAGUCGUGAUUGCAAACUCUUAUGUGAAACAGGCUGUUUUGUGGAUGGGGGAAUUAGCGCAUUGAUCGAACUGCCUAAAAACUGUGUGGCUGCAGCAAUUGGAAAAGACUUGAUAAUAUUUAAAUUAGGUGCAGUCUCUGAACAGCUUGAUCAAUGGGACAUUUCUGAAGUUAAAUGUCUCUCUGGCCACCAAGACAAUAUCCGAGCCUUGAUAACCAUUAAUGAAUCAAUAUUUGCCAGUGGAUCUGAUGCUGGGGAGCUGAUUGUCUGGGAUUCCUCGGCUUGGACUGUUCACGCUUUUGAACGGAACAUUUCCAGCACAUCUUCACCAGAAGAUUCCCCACAAGAGGUUAAACUUCUACCACUACAAGAGGAAAUCUCUGUUCAACAUCUGUCAUCUGAUGGAGAGAUUAUUUUUGCUGCUGUGGGAAGUGGUAUCUAUGUCUACAACAUACAAGUGAAGCGUGUGAUUGCUUUUCAAAAGAGAGCCCAUGACUCAAACAUACAGCACAUCGCAAACUUACCGAACAGACAAUUAAUUUCAUGUUCAGAAGAUGGAAGUGUUCGCAUUUGGGAGUUACGAUCGAAACAACAGCUUCAUGCCGAAGCAGUUCCGUCAGGUUUUUUCAGUAUGUGGGGAUUCGGAAAAGCGGGCAAACAGGUCAAUCACGCCGUGAAAAAAAUACCUGAAAAUGGCAUUGUAGCUUCUCUGGAGCUUAUCGGGGACUUGAUUGGUCACUCUUCGUCUGUACAGAUGUUUCUGUACUUCACAGAUCAUGGUCUGGUAACAUGUUCUGCUGACCAGCUCAUCAUAAUAUGGAAAGAAGGAAUAAGAGAGUCCAGGUUACGUAGUUUGCUGCUUUUUCAAAAGCUGGACCAGAAUGGUGACCUUCAGCCCCGUUUUACGCUCAGCUAACCUACCUAACGGCCUCUUCCAGUAUUUACACACGAAUAUUGCAGUAUUAUCCUGGAUAGUGUUCAAGGAAAGAUGUUCAGCGUGUGAUCAUAUGGUUCAAAAUUUGUUUUUAUGUUUGCUUAUCACAAAUGUUAGUUUUUAUUUUAAAAAGAACCUGUAAUUUAGCAACAAAACAAACUACCAAUUCAAUAAUUAAGCAACUCUUAAUAUUUUAUUUGUGUACAGAUAUUUCUUUUUAAAACUUCUUUCUUAACAUUUGUCUUAGGUACUUUAAAUGUUGCAUAACGCUUACCCUAAAAUGAUAACAUGAAAAAAGCUAAAACCUGAAGUGAUAAACUCUUGGUUCUUGGUGUUGCAUUAUUUUCACCAUUUCUGCUCGCGAGAAGAACAGUACUUUACAACGUUUGAAGAAGAACUAGGUCUGUCUAAGGAAUUAAGUCGCUCUAAAAGUGUAUUUUUCAUUGUUUUUGACCUGCUCACUGUGGAGCUCACAUAAUACUUAUAUCUGCUUUCUAAUUAGUUGAUUGUGUGCAUUUUCUAAUAUCUAUGAAGAGUGCAUGACCCAGAAAAGGUCCCUUAAGUAGCCUUUGUUAUCCGUCCUACCUAAUAGGUUUCCAGUUUAGAUGCCUCAGUUCCAAUAAUCUACAGUAUUGCAAUAAAAGGGAUAUUUAUUUAUGCGUUUAAAUAUUUAUUUCAGUGUAAUAAUAAAACACUUUAUUGAAUUUAAUAA